CUUGCAGCUGGAGACCGAAAGAAGUAACAUCCAAACAUCGCCAUGCAGGAUUUCACUCCCAGCGAAUCCAUCGACCUGGAAAAAGGCCGGGAUAGAGACACCUCAGUAUCUCCAGAGCAGGUAGAGAGCACUCCCUCGCAAGAUCAACGUAAUGUCCCCAGCAAAGACCCGAAUCUGGUCGGUUGGGAUGGCCCCGACGAUAUCAACAAUCCCUUCAACUGGCCGGUCAAGAGGAAAGCGCGCCAAGUGCUGUUGAUGGCAGUCAAUACGUUCAUAACUCCCCUGGCCUCGUCUAUGUUUGCUCCUGGAGUCGGAGAGGUGAUGCGCGAAUUCCACUCUACCAACGACAUGCUCGCCUCCUUUGUCGUCUCUGUUUUCAUUCUUGGAUACAUGGUCGGCCCUUUCGUGAUCGCUCCUCUGUCAGAAAUGUACGGCCGUGUUCCUCUGUACCACACCUGCAACAUCCUCUUCCUUAUAUUCACCAUCGCAUGUGCUGUGGCGCAGAGCCUGCCGCAGUUGAUCGUCUUCCGGCUGCUGGCGGGUGUCGCCGGUGUGUGUCCAUUAACCAUCGGCUCGGGGACAGUGGCGGACAUGGUUCCCAAGGAGAAACGGGCCGGCAUUAUAGCUGUCUGGGCUAUGGGGGCUAUCCUAGGACCGGUCAUUGGGCCCGUGGCGGGAGGGUUUUUGGCCGAAGCAGAGGGAUGGCGCUGGGUGUUUUGGGUGAUUGCUAUCGCGACCGGGAUAGUGACCGUCAGCUGCAUGUUGCUCUACCGCGAAUCCUACGCCCCCGUCCUCCUACGGCGCAAAGCCGCCCUCCUGCGCAAGGAAACCAACAACCCAGCGCUCUACUCGAUCCAUGACAACACGCGUCCCACGAAAGGGACCUUCCUGUUCACCCUCGCCCGCCCCACAAAGCUGCUCAUUCGCUCGCCCAUUGUCUUCCUCAUGUCCCUCUUCAGCUCCAUCACCUACGGCUACCUCUACCUCAUGUUCACCACCAUCCCCUCCAUCUUCAAAACCAAGUACGGCUUCUCCCCCGGCCUGGCCGGCCUCGCCUACCUGGGCCUCGGCACCGGCUGCGUCAUCGGCCUCAUCGUCUACGGCGUCGUGUCCAACCGUAUCGCCGCCGCCCACUCCGCCCGCGGCUGCUUCACCCCGGAGUCUCGGCUCCCGCCCAUGCUAGUCGGAUGCUGGUUCGUGCCUGCAGGGCUAUUCUGGUACGGCUGGUCCGCCGAGGCAGGAACGCACUGGAUUGUGCCAAUCCUCGGGACGGCCGUCUUUGCCAUCGGGCUCAUGACGGUCUUCAUGCCGGCGAAUACCUACCUGGUCGAUUCCUAUCUCGCGCAUGCGGCCUCGGUGACGGCCGCGAAUACGGUCCUGCGGUCGUUGAUCGGUGCGGUGCUCCCGCUGGCGGGCCCUCGAUGUAUGAGUCGCUGGGGCUGGGGUGGGGGAAUUCGGAUACGCACGCAUCCGCGGUUUCAGAUUACAUUGUAA